AUGUCGUCCAGCCGAACAUGGGGCCGCGCCAUGGCUAGCCCUCCCCCGAGCGAUGGCCACAUACCCUCGUCACCCUCGACCAUGAUGCCCCCCUCCUCGCCGAUACAGGAUGGCUCUUCCCGAAAACGAUCCCGAAGAGAACGACGCGAGCCGACCAUAACCCCAAGGAAAUUCAGGAGGUUCUUCACUCCCCGGAGCGAGAGGCUUGCCAUACCCUUCGAUGCCAGAUCUAUCCUCGGCGAGUCGAGCGAGUCGGCCCUCAACGCCGCCCAUCUGACAUCGCCUGCAUCAACCCUCGAAGACAAGCUCGAUUCAAGAUCCGUUGAUUUCAACGUUGACGUUCCGCAAGACGCAAGGAGGAAGACUCUCAACCUCUUCGGAGGAUCGAUCGACUACAACAAUGCAUCACGCAGAGACUCGGGGGAGACUCUUCCCGAUGCGAGGAAACGAAGGAGGACCGAGGCCUCUGACCUGCUGUCUUCGCCCUCGAUUGGGAGUGUGCGCACGUCUAACUUGACCGCUCAUAAUUUGAGAGCUCUGGGUGCUCAGACUCGUUCCGGCUCCACGCUCGGUUUCGAGAGCAAGCUCGCACAAUCAUCUCAUGCGGGUUCCAGUGAUGCGAUGAUGCUUGGCUAUAAACCAAAGCCUGUCAUGAAGCUCCGUAACCGGGGCUUUGCCGCACAGCUGCUGCUCCGCGAGCAGGGUAUCACGCCGAGGCCUGGACUGGAGAGAAUCGACUGCCCAGCUCAUGAUGUCUACACGUGUACUUCAAGCCUCGGCCGAGGGCAUACUAUUCCUUUCAGUCUCGCCAGUUGUCACACUACCCCCUUGACUGCCGUCGGCGAUGAGGAGGGAUUUAUUCGUCUCUUUGAUACAAAGUCCGUUCCCGCCCACGUAUCAGAACCCACCAAGGUCAAAAUCGCCGUGCAAGCUCACAAUAACGCCAUUAUGGACCUGGCCUUCUCGCACAACGACCUCAGACUGGCAACCGCCUGCGGAGACCACAGCGGCAAGAUCAUGGAUGUCAUGUCCCAGUCAAUAGCCGUGGAGCUGAACCACGGCCAGUACCAAGCCAUGCGCCGCGUCAAGUUUCAACCCGGUCAGGCCAAUGGUGACGUGCUUGCGACUUCGGACCGGGACGGCACGAUCCAAAUCUGGGACAUUCGUUGCAGCACCUCUCCCGCCGUAUCUUUCACAACGAUAGGGCCUCGAGGACCCAUUGCUCGCGACCGUGAUCUGCCCCCAUCAAGGACAAGGCCGUUGAACACCAUGCUCGAAGCCCAUGUUCGUGUUGUCGAGGGUGAGACCAGAGGAGCCUCGGUCACGGCUCUCGAGUGGCUGCCUGCAGGACGGGAGCAUCUCCUCCUCUCCGCUUCGGAAGCCAACUCUUGCAUCAAACUCUGGGACACCCGCUACGUCACCUCAAGUAACCGAGCAGCCACCCCCUUGUCCGCCACGGCGACCCCUUCGACCCACGCCUGGCGCCCGUACGGGCCUGACGUCCAUGUGCCUCAGUUCCGACGCUCCCGUCUCUACGCGUCUGCAAGACAGCACGAUCUGCCUCCCUGGUCUGGGCCCCCUCUACGGCUUCCGCCACCCGCUCUCACCGUCGGCUCCUUCUACGUCCGCUCCGCCCUGCGCACCGUCGGCACGGGAAACGGUCCCGAACUUCUCGCCGUCGGCAGCGCCACAUCCAGCGCCAUCCUCUUCCCGACCGACGAGCGCUUCCUCCGCGAGAAGUGGGAUCGCGAGAGCCACGACCCAAAUCACGACUGGGACGCCAGUGCGAGGCGUCCCGGUCCCAGCUCCGGUGCCGCCGCCGCCGCACGCAUCCCCAUGGUCCACAACGGCACGCAGCUCGCAGACGGGCACCAGCGCGAGGUCACGGGCCUCAGUUGGUCAAACGAGGGCAAGCUCGUCACCGUCUCGGACGACUACACCGUGCGGCACUGGCAGGAGGAUGCCUGCGAGGGCGCCGGCGAUCGCAACGAGGACGUCCCGAGGGACGCCCGCGACCUGCGCACCUGUGGCGGUUUCGGCCGGAAGCGCUGGAUGGCGGGCUGGGCGCGAACCGAGGAGGGUGCGAGCUGGGACGACGAUGACGACGACCACUCCGAGUGCUGA